AUGUCCGGCCUUGAUCCUCCACCAGACGAUUUCUUUGCCGCUGAGUUAGAACAUAACUUGAGAGACCUACAGGAUGUAGACAUGUGUAUAUAUACCACGGUAACGGGACUUAUAACGAAAAUACAGGAAUAUCAAUCGAAUGACUUGGAACAUCUGGUUAACGUUGUUAUGCCACAGCUUCAUCCAUCAGGUGCUUAUCAGUACGUCGAGGACAGUAAGUUGGUUCUGAAUGUUGUGUUUUGCAACAGUUAAUUGUAAUCUUUAAGUACUAUCAUAUAAUAUAUUAGGUUGUUCAAAUAAUAUAAUUACAAAUUAAUAUCUUUAAUAGUUUUAUAUAUUCUAGAGCUUCCAAAACCAGAAAAUCCUCAACCUCUACAGGUGUUACGAGAGACAAUUGGUAAGUAAUACUUUCUGUGACAGUAACGAUCGUCCAGAACUUGCUUACAGUAAGAAGAAGAAAGCUUUUGUGGAAAAGAUGAUAACACAGAAGAAGCUGAGCAACGAUCAUGUCAUAAACUGGAAUCAGAUGGACUUUUUACAAACUACGGACACCCAAAGUCAUCUGUUGUUGUUGUCUAUUGAGGGUACUGUAAAGUUUAUUGACCGAGAAGUUACUGUAACCACGGAAGUGAGGACGAACGGGCAUAAAGAGGUAAGUAUUUUUGGACGAAUAGGUACGUUUACGUUCAUAACUGUAAUUUAGAUGGCUGUAGCAGUUAUGACAUUCAGGGCCGGGCGGGGACUUUUGGUCUGGGGACAGGGGUCCAAAAAAUCGGCACAGGAGCUACCUGUGCCGAUUUUUUGCAAAAUUUUUUUUUCCGAAAAUUAACAGGGGGAACCUUUUUCAAAAAUUUUUUUCUGGGGGGGGGGUACCCUCCGUCCCCCCCUCGCGCCCGGCCCUGAUGACACUGAAUUAAGAUUGUUUUACUAGGGAUUGACACGAAAGGUGUUAGUACAUUAAACAUCAAGCCAUUGGCAAUUUUACUAUAUAAUCUAGUUUCUUUACAAGAUCAUCAUGUUCUCGUCGUUUAGGGCAAAUUCAAUUUGUUUUACUACUAUGUAACUCGUAAUUCUGGUACAAGACCGUCAUGGAAUCUCGGAAGCACAUUCAAAAGCAUAGACUACACGAAUGUCAACGAGUUCAAGUUCACCUGUAGGUUUACGAAGUUGUGACAGCUAAAUUAAUAUUCAAAUCUAAUUUUUCAUCAAGUAUAUUAUGUUAUUAGUAAGCGUGUCAUGAAGGUAUGACAUUUUGUUUUCAGUCUUUGAGGAAUUCGAAGAGUUUCCGAUAAUAAUGGCGUUGCAAUUGUCGUCAUUCGGCAAGGCCUUUAUUCCAUAUGGGUUGUAUGUGAUCAAGAACAAGAUCAGAGUCUUCAAGUUACACUACGAGAAUAUCUACAAGACUCUAUUUGUUGUGAAAAAGAAAAUUGAGCUAUGA